UUUUGAUAAGAGAAUGAAUAAACACUUAUUUGCACCGCGUAUUUAUCGUUUUAAUUUCUUUGGUACAGAUAUUAUAGAUGCACUGUAAUGUGUUGGAAUUUUUACGUAGAAAAUACCGGUUCCCCGUAAUUCGGCUCUAUUGGAGGUUCGUGUGACAAAGUUUCCAGCGAAACGUGGCCCGGUUUCCGGCAGUUCGGGACCGUCGAAAUUCCCGAUAGAGGAGAAGAGAAGCGCCGUAACGAAGAGAAAGAAGAAACUGCAACGGGGAGUCUGCCGUCUGGCCGACACAGGCCGCUCCAGCAGGCGAGCAAGUGCCAGUUGCUCGGCAGCAGUUGCCACGGCUGGACAUACGUCUCGCGUCCUUUCGUGGCGGAGCCCUCUUCUUUGCAUGAAGCUACCCCCGUUGGACCCGUCGCGGUUCGAAAAAGGGAAUCGUUUGGUCCUCGGUAAACGGCGCGGCGGCGGCCGGGAACGUAACAAAGUGGCAACGCGGUAUCGCGAACAGAGCAGCGCAAACGGAGGACAAGAGAAAUCAUGAAAAGGAGGAUGCCAUGUGUCAGGAACAGUGAGUGCGUGUGAGUGUCGUGCGUGUUCGUGCGUGUCGGACCAGCGGCUUCGGUCCUUCGACCCUCGAGGACGUACCACCACCAGCCGAGGACACGAUGUUGAUCCCGAUGAUCCGUGCAGCCGUCCUCCUAUCAGUCUUCGUUUAUCUCGAUGCUGCCGCCAACACCGUUACCAUGGCAAAGGAGGAGUGCAGAAAAAGGAUAGCCGAGUGCACGAUGAGUGACGGCGCAAGCACACCGGUAUGUGGGAGCGACGGUGUUACGUAUUCGAGUCAGUGUCAGGUCAUCUCGAAGCAGUGUCAAGGCAUGUCUAUUCUUAUCAAACACACUGGCCCUUGUCCAGAGACACCUGCGUGUUUCUCCGCAAGACUGACCGCCAGGACGGGCGCGCGACCAGUCUGUCGUUCCGAUGGCACUUACGCGCCGGUGCAAUGUCACGAGGAAACCGGGUACUGUUGGUGCGUGACACCGCAGGGUAGACCGCUGCCCGACACCUCGGUAAGACACCAAAGACCAAGAUGUUUGAAACCUGGUCCCAGAUCUGCUGCUUCCACCAGGAGCGGCCAAAGGAGGCGCUCGCCGAACUGGAAGCAGCGAAGGCAGUACAGCAGUAAGCAUAGGAACACCUGCGAUCGCGCGGAGAAGUCGAAAUUUAACGGGAACCUAAUCGAGAAUUUCAAGAUCGAGUACAGGCGGACCAAUAUCUCCACCGACGGUGACAAAAAUGUGGAACGCGUGUUGUCGUGGAAAUUCGUCACCCUGGACAAGAACGGUGACGGGUACCUGGACAGGACGGAGUACAAGGAACUCCGGAGGCUCGCGAAGAAGGCGGUAAGGCCGAAGAAAUGUGCCCGUACGUUCGCCCGCACGUGCGACCUAAAUCGGGAUUUGAAACUCUCCAGGCAAGAAUGGGGUGCCUGCCUUGCGAACGACUUCACUCUACGUUUGUUCUUGUCGCUGAACCCCGCAGACGAGCGCCCCGAGGUCCCUGAGGCCCAGAGGACCCGGGCCACGGACCAAGUAUUGAAAGGGAAUCCCGCACCUGUACAUUCUCGACCAACGUUCACCGAUGAUCCAACGGACACUAAAGAAGAUAGCGAUGCGAACGAUUGUUUAACGGAUAGACGAUCCGUAUUAGAGGACGAGAGGCAACAUUCUCAAGAGAAAUUCUAUGUACCUGAAUGUACUCCUGAUGGAAGGUAUCACCGAGUGCAAUGUUACUCUGGUUACUGUUGGUGCGUCUACCAAGAUACUGGCAAACCGAUUCCUGGAACAUCUUCGAAAGACCGCACUCCAAAUUGUAAUCCAGUACCUACUCCUAGCAGACCCAUGAAGGGUUGUCCCGAGCAAAAGAAACAACUGUUUCUGCGCGAUUUAAUGGAUUUAAUGCAAAAGAAGAUGAAGGCUUCCAGUACAAAUUCAGAGGAAACGACAGCUAAGUGGCAAGCUUCUAAAGAGGAACAAAUAGCGACUUGGCACUUUGUUAUGCUCGAUAAGAACAAGAAUAAGGUUUUGGAAAGAAAGGAGUGGAAAAGUUUCCGUACCAUGGUAGCGAGCAAUAGGCAACUUCAGAGAUGCGGCAAGAGACUGCCCAGAUAUUGUGAUAUCAACAACGACAGGAGAAUCAGCAUGACAGAGUGGCUUAGUUGUUUAAAUGCCCAACGACCCACGCCAUCUGACAGCACGGAGAAAGUGUCCACGAGUAAACCGAAGAGAAUGGGUCCGAAUCCGUUGGAUCAGCUUCUUAAAAACGACGACGACUAGGAAUAUAUGUGAUAUAAUAACGUGUGUUUGUCAUUUCAUAUGUCAAAGUGAUCAUUCAUUUAAUACGCUCAUCGUAACACGAGCAAUGGAACUUUCGAGAGAAAGCCAGUUACUGUUAACAGAAUUUUAUUUGUAUUUUUAUAUCCGGUGAUAAAUACCACUGUCACGUCAUUUAUUUUAACAUAGAUCAUAUUUAUCUGUACCUCACAGAUUGAUAAUUCGAUAGUGUAUUUUAGCAUAAUAACGAUAUAGUUUUAAGGAUAAAAGUAACAAAGUAUUACGGGCAUACGAUCGUGUAUAUAUUGAAUAUUCUUCUCCUCGGUGCUACGCGCGACGCUGCUUUCUCAUGACUACGAUAAUACGAACACGGAAUUAAGUGAACGAUGGCCGAACGCUAAUUUAACUCGCUAAUAUCACACUGUUUUGUUGCAUGAACGUUACUCAAAAAAUUUGUUUAGGCUCGCACAUGUUUUAAGAUUUCUUUCGCAAUUAUUAACACUAUCGAUCCGAAGACAAUUGUACAAUUGAAAAUUUGUUUAUUGAAAUAAAUCUUGUUUUUGACAUGACACAUCCGUCGAACUCGUUCGCAAAAUAACAGUCGAUACAGUUUCGAAUGUAUUUUAUAAGUAACUUUUCUGUUUUAUUCGACGCUCACAAACUCACAGCAACGUCCAUUUCUUCCUUAGCUUUGUAAUAGUUGAGAGUGUAUUAAUAUUACGAAUUUAGUGGAUAAAGCAAAAAAUGAUAAGAUUUGUGUAAAACAUAAUACACAAAUGGAAGAAAUUGAGCAAACCACAUUUCUGGAAAUGUAACGUACAAAUAAGGAGACUGCUUUAAAGUAUAUGUAUAUGUGUGUAUAUAUGUACGUUUGUAUGUAUGUAUGUAUGUAUACAGUGAUUGGAAAUUGACUGCCCCACCAGUUCUUGGAACUGACUUCCCGCUAAUGUUUGUUUUUAAAUCUAUUGUGAGAUAUCAACGUGCCUUUCAUCACUCACACUUUCUGAAAAAAAGAGAUGGGAUACCUUGGAAGAUCUGCCUCCCUUUGACUUUGGCCAGUUUCGGUUAUAUACAUAUAAAAUCUUGCACCUUAUUCCCAGAAUUAUAUAUAUAUACACACACGCACAGAUAAGAAUAUAUACAGGG